AUGGAACCAGGGAUCGCCAACCAGUCAUUGAUUCUCUCCUACACUGAGUUUACUCUCUUGGGUUUCCCUGGGAUAUCUCGAUGGAGGCCCCUAUUGGCAAUCCCAUUCUUUUCCAUGUACUUAGUUAUCCUGAGUGGGAAUUCUCUCAUCAUCUGCCUGAUUUACACUGAAAAAACAUUCCAUUCCCCCAUGUAUUUGCUCAUAUCUGUGCUGUUUGCCAUUAACAUGAGUGUUUCUACUGCCAUAUUGCCCAAAUUCCUCCUUGACUUGUUAUUUCAUCUCAACCAAGUUUCCCUAACUGGAUGUCUUCUGCAGAUGUUUAUUAUCUACUUCAUGUCAGUAUGUGAGUCAAGUGUAAUGGUAUUAAUGUCAUUGGACAGAUAUGUAGCAAUCUGUAGGCCACUUCAUUAUCAUAACAUCAUGACAAAGAGCUUCCUGGUUUCACUGACAGUCAUUGUAAUAACUCGGGGCUUCAUCCUUGUUUGCCCAUUUGUUAUAUUUCCCUCUAUGAUCCAGUUCUGCAAGUCAAACAUCAUUCUCCACUUUGCAUGUGAACACCUGGCACUUCUCAGUCUUGCAUGUGGAGACACCACCAAAGUAGAGAAGGCUGGGUUGAUCAUACGCAUUCUGGUUCCUGUUCUUGAUGGUAUUCUACUCUUGAUUUCCUACACAACCAUACUCUAUACAGCCAUGAAAACUGCAACUGGGAAAUCCCGAUACAAAGCUCUUAACACCUGUGGGACACAUUUUCUUGGGGCAAUGAUGGUCUAUAUGUGUGCUCUGGCAUCUUCCAGUGUUUGGAACAUGGAAACAGCUGUUUCAAUAGAUCUUAAGCAUCUGUUCACUGCCCUGUACAUAAUUAUACCAGCUGUCUUAAACCCCUUUAUAUAUGGAUUAUGUGUUUCAAAGAUCAGGAAGAAUAUAGUUAAAUACUGGAGAAAAAAGGACAAAUUGUUCUCAUCAUGGGAUGGAAGACAUUCCAAGCCUCAUACCAAGUCUGAUGCAGAGUAG